CAUUUGUUGAGAAGACGUCAAGAUGUUUCGGUGUUAUUUAUCUUUUAUGUGGAUGUAUUCUGUUUUUCUUUUGGUAGAAGGAUUAAUAAUCGAAGAUUUUCGCCUGUCGGGGUCACGUGUACCGAGCGAAGGAAUGCUGGAAGCGAAAGUUAACGGAACUUGGGGUGCCGUCCGCUACCUAUCCCGAUACAAUUGGCGAGAUCCGCUAGAUGACCUCAUUUGUAGGACAUUCGGAUAUGUGAAUGAAUCUGUGAUGCAGCCCCAAUAUUACGGAACACCGGAUGCCGCCUUUACAAUCAAACGCUGCCCCGUCGAUGUGACGUCACUGCAAAUGCUCAACACAUCAUGUGAACUCGAGGCAGGAAAUCAGCAGUUAGACUAUGACAACAUCUUUAAAACCAUAAACUGUCGAGCGUUGAAAUUGGUAGACGGUCCUUCCGUACUGGAGGGUCGGCUGGAGGCGGGACUGUUCGGGGAACUGCAGGCCGUCUACGGGCGUGCCUUCGAUGAAAGGGCGGCGAAUGUCACAUGUACAUCACUAGGAUAUCGCGGAGUUCGCUCUUAUAACACCAGCACGCAUUAUGGCGCGGGAAAACUACCACUGUAUACACGCAACAUCCAGUGCACGGGUACCGAGCUUUCACUCGAGCAAUGUUAUCACUCUGGGGACUACGCCGCGUCACGCACACCGGCUGACGUCGUCAGUGUUGCUUGUGAUGGCGGACCACUCAAAUUGGAGCAGGUUAAGGGCAAUCGGUCAUUCGAGGGGAUACUAGUAGGUUACCAUGACAACAUUUGGUAUGACUUCGUUGGUGAAGUUUCGGAAACCACGGCGAAGACAAUGUGUUCUAUUCUUGGAUUUGGCCAUGUCGGUUUCUCCAGUCGUGCGCAUCUUUACAAGAAUGUGUAUUACUACAAGCAAGGCGUCAAUUGUAACGGUCACGAGAAAUACAUAGAGGAGUGUGAGGGCGAGCUGAACUAUUGUGUCACACAGGGAUAUUUCUACUGCACACAAAUGUUUAGCACUUUUGUGGCUCUUUUUUGCUCUGACUACACACUGGAAACUAUCAGCCUAUCAGCGACCGGCGUUAUACAAGUUGGCGUGAACGGCCAGUUAUGGGCUAUCUGUGACGACUACUUCACUCCCGAAACAGCCAAUAGCGUCUGUGCUGUGCUUGGUUUUCAUGGUAUAGGAGACAUCGACGUUAAGAUAACAGACGAUAAUUUAGAUAUGGAAAUACUGGGGUCGAUCAUUUGCAAGCCAAAUGCAACAAGAGUUAUCGACUGUCACAACAAGCACCAGUUCGGCUAUCGGCCCUACGAUAAAUCGGCAGAGUGUAGAAGCUACGUCAUGCUAACAUGCGACUGAUUACUUGUGUAGAUAAUAACCAUGUCCGAAAGACUCGAACAUGUUGUUACAUAGUGUCUGAAUUAACUUAAAGCGAAUACAUUUACAUAUAAUUAAGAGUUUCCUUGCUCAAAGAUAUGGAAAUAUUUACAUGAAAAAACUACAGGAACAAGUCCCCUAGUUGGAAGCUUAAACAUAAACCUCGUUCAAUGACACACGGCCGAAACCAAAACACUGAACAACAAUACGCACAUCUACAAACCAGCUACACGGAUCAACAACAAACAACAUAUAUAAUGUAUACAACAAUCUAGGGGUGGUUAUCAAUGAACGGUCAGCAACAUAAAUAUAUACUUGAUGUGCACCACCCCACACUUAUCCCAACAAUCCCGAAAAAAAUAAAAACUUAAAUAAUAGAUCUUAUCCCAAUUUGCAUAAACCUGAGAAAACUUAAGAAUAAAACAAAUCGUAAUAAAAUUUAUAGGUAAACCCCAACCCCAAAUAUGUAGACGUAAUCCCCGUGCCUUUUACCACGCUCUAUGCUAAAUAUAAGGAUACUGGUCUUGUAAUGGAAGUUUCCAGCGAUCUAUCAUUCCAUAUAUGUAUCUAUCCUAGAUAUAUACCUGUUUACACAUUGAUUGUCUAUUUAAUAACGACAAACUAUUUUGUAACUGGUGUAGUUUCCAUUGUUUUAACAUUACCUAGAUGUUUCAAUCCUUUAGAUAUACCGUAUUUAAAUAUGA